AUGAUAAUUGAUACGACAGAAACACAAGCUAUCAAUUCUUUUUCCAGAUCGGAAUCCUUAAAAGAGACCUAUGAGCUCAUAUGGCUCCUUGUCCCUAUUUUUUCUCCUGUAUCAGGAAUCACUAUAGGGGUACUGGUUAUUGUGUGGUUAGAAAGAGAAAUAUCCGCGGGGAUACAACAACGUAUUGGACCUGAAUACGCCGGCCCUUUGGGAAUUCUUCAAGCUCUAGCAGAUGGAAUCAAACUACUUUUCAAAGAGGAUAUUCUUCCAGCUAGAGGGGAGACUCGUCUAUUCAGUAUUGGACCAUCUAUCGCGGUCAUAUCAAUUCUAUUAAGUUAUUCAGUAAUUCCUUUUAGCUAUCGUCUUGUUCUAGCCGAUCUCAAUAUAGGUGUUUUUUUAUGGAUUUCCAUUUCAAGUAUUGCUCCUAUUGGACUUCUUAUGUCAGGAUAUGGAUCGAAUAAUAAAUAUUCUUUUUCAGGUGGUCUACGAGCUGCUGCUCAAUCGAUUAGUUAUGAAAUACCAUUAACUCUAUGUGUGUUAUCAAUAUCUCUACUAUCUAACAGUUCGAGUACGGUUGAUAUAAUUGAGGCGCAAUCCAAAUAUGGUUUUUGGGGGUGGAAUUUGUGGCGGCAACCUGUAGGGUUUGCUGUUUUUCUAAUUUCUUCCCUAGCGGAAUGUGAGAGAUUACCUUUUGAUUUACCAGAAGCAGAGGAAGAAUUAGUAGCGGGUUAUCAAACCGAAUAUUCGGGUAUAAAAUUUGGUUUAUUUUACGUUGCUUCUUAUCUAAAUCUACUAGUUUCUUCAUUAUUUGUAACAAUUCUUUAUUUGGGGGGUUGGAAUCUUUCUAUUCCGUACAUAUUUAUUCCCGAGCUUUUCAAAAUAAAUAAGGCAGGCGGGGUCUUUGGAACGACAAUUGGUAUCUUUAUUACAUUAGCUAAAGCUUAUUUGUUCCUAUUCAUUCCUAUCACAACAAGAUGGACUUUGCCUAGGAUGAGAAUGGACCAACUAUUAAAUCUUGGGUGGAAAUUUCUUUUACCUAUUUCUCUAGGUAAUCUAUUAUUGACAACCUCUUCUCAACUUUUUUCGCUGUAA